AUUUGUAUUGGAAAUUCUAGAUUUGAGAGUUAGUCACGGAGCGGGUGGCAUGAACACCUGUGAUACCUUCAGGAAAUGGAUCACAAUGCGCAUGCGCAUACGAUCAGAGCUACGGGCGCGGUGUCAUGUCAACAAAGAAAGCUGUCGGUUCCUUACCAACCUUCGUGGUGGUUGGCUACAAGCACAAUCAACCCUCCACCCUCCGAUUGUCAUUCCAUGGGGAUCAUGGGGAAGAAACACUUCGUUCAUGACAGAGGAAGUGAAGUUACGUGUUGUGGAGAGAAAUGAGCUGAAGGGUCUCCAGGAACAUCUUCAGACCUACCUACCGGAGUCUGUCACUGCAUACAAUAUACUAGUUAUGAUGCAGGCAGGGCUUCUACCGUCAACUAAGGCACUAGUUCCAGCUCUUCCAAAUGAUCCGAACGUAGUCAUCCUGUCAUAUCCGGAGUGGCAGCGAUACCCAGUUCAGGAACCGACCUACAUCAUUUGCUGCAUUGGAUCCGACUUGGAACUGUUGGAGAAGUGCAUUAAGACAUUAGAUUGGAGAGAACGUUUCACCUUCUCCGUAUUGCCACAUCGAUACUGGGACAUCGUUACAAAAGUUGGCCGAGAAAAAUGUGCCUCUCCUCUUAUGGAGGGUCCAGAUGCAAUUUUGGAAUUGAUAUGUGACAGACAUCUAGCUCUGAAAUGGAAUGAAAGGAUUCCUGAUGAUUUGGAGAUCAAGAAAUUGAGUGUAGAGCAUGCAGAUCUGGUCUCCAAUGAUCAGAUGAAUGGAAAACACUCAAAGACGUUCAAGUAUGACAUAUUCCUGCCCUUGCUGGAUGGUGCCGUCCUCAUUGCCCUUUCCAAUGCCUAA